GCUGCUGCUGCUGCUCCGGGGAGCGGCCGGCGGCGGGGGCGGCGGCAGCCCGCACCAGCCAUGCCGAAUAAAAACAAGAAGGAGAAAGAAGUACCCAAAGCAGGGAAAAGCGGGAAAAGUUCCAAAGAAGGACAAGACACCAUAGACUCAGAGCCAAUCUCCAGCAGGAAAAACAGCCUCGUGGGCAUCCAGUCCACCUCCAAGAUCAAGGUGCCGGUCCUGCAGCCCAUCGUGAAAAAGGACAGGCGGCAGAACUCGUCGCGGUUCAGCGCCAGCAACAACCGGGAGCUGCAGAAGCUGCCGGCUCUCAAAGAUGUUCCGCCUGCCGAUCAGGAGAAGCUCUUCAUCCAGAAGCUGCGGCAGUGCUGCGUCCUCUUCGACUUCGUCUCCGACCCGCUGAGUGACCUCAAGUGGAAGGAGGUGAAGCGGGCCGCGCUCAGCGAGAUGGUGGAGUACAUCACCCACAACCGCAACGUCAUCACCGAGCCCAUCUACCCCGAGGUGGUCCACAUGUUUGCAGUUAACAUGUUUCGAACAUUACCGCCUUCCUCCAAUCCCACGGGAGCAGAGUUUGACCCCGAGGAAGAUGAACCAACGUUAGAAGCAGCCUGGCCUCAUCUGCAGCUUGUUUAUGAAUUUUUCUUAAGAUUUUUAGAGUCUCCAGAUUUCCAACCUAAUAUAGCGAAGAAAUACAUUGAUCAGAAGUUUGUGUUGCAGCUUCUAGAGCUCUUUGACAGUGAAGAUCCUCGGGAGAGAGAUUUUCUGAAAACCACGCUUCACAGAAUCUACGGGAAAUUCUUAGGCUUGAGAGCAUACAUCAGAAAACAGAUUAAUAAUAUAUUUUAUAGGUUUAUUUAUGAAACAGAGCAUCACAAUGGGAUAGCAGAAUUACUGGAAAUACUGGGAAGUAUAAUUAAUGGAUUUGCCUUACCACUAAAAGAAGAGCACAAGAUUUUCUUACUGAAGGUGUUGUUACCUUUGCACAAAGUGAAGUCUCUGAGUGUCUACCACCCACAGCUGGCCUACUGUGUUGUGCAGUUUCUAGAAAAGGACAGCACCCUCACUGAGCCGGUGGUAAUGGCACUCCUCAAAUAUUGGCCAAAGACUCACAGUCCAAAAGAAGUCAUGUUCUUAAAUGAAUUAGAAGAAAUUUUAGACGUAAUUGAGCCAUCCGAGUUUGUGAAAAUCAUGGAGCCUCUUUUCCGACAGUUAGCCAAGUGCGUCUCCAGCCCACACUUCCAGGUGGCGGAGCGAGCGCUGUACUACUGGAAUAAUGAGUACAUCAUGAGUCUGAUCAGUGACAACGCAGCCAAGAUUCUGCCCAUCAUGUUCCCAUCCUUGUACCGCAACUCCAAGACCCACUGGAACAAGACAAUUCAUGGUUUGAUAUACAACGCCCUGAAACUCUUCAUGGAGAUGAACCAAAAACUGUUCGAUGACUGCACCCAGCAGUUUAAAGCAGAGAAACUCAAAGAGAAGCUAAAAAUGAAAGAACGUGAAGAAGCAUGGGUUAAAAUAGAAAACCUAGCCAAAGCAAACCCCCAGUAUACAGUGUAUAGUCACGCGAGCACCGUGAGCAUGCCGGUGGCAAUGGAGACAGACGGGCCUCUGCCGGAAGAUGUGCAGAUGCUGAGAAAGACAGUGAGCGACGAGGCUCGGCAGGCCCAGAAAGACCUGAAGAAGGACCGUCCUCUUGCGCGUCGCAAGUCAGAUCUGCCUCAGGAUCCCCACACCAAGAAAGCCUUGGAGGCUCACUGCCGAGCCGAUGAGCUGGUCUCCCAGGAGGGACGCUAGCUCCCCGGCACCGCAGGGCUGCGCAUGCACCUUGCGAGGCUCCGGCAGCUGUAGAAAAGAACUUACUUUGAUGUGCCAUAACAGUCAGUUCCAUUCACAACCCAGGCUUUCUCCAACCUGUAAUGUAAGCAGUCCUGUAUGUCCGCCUCAGCUCAGUGGUGACUCGGCAGACCCGGUGGGCAGAGCAUGGGCUGGGGACAGAGCCCUCAGCCCAGCACAGCCUGGAAACACCUCAUCACACUCGGCCCAGAUGGAAGUGUGAGGCUCACACACACGUGGUUCUGGGGGAACAGCACUGUUGUCCAAACCCAAGGGCACAGACUUCUGACUGGCCCCCACUGGUGGCAGGCCGGCAGUUAGCAUGUGCUGUGGUUUCGAGCUUAGCGAGAUGGCUUUUGCUGUGGGUGCUAAUGUGGCCUGCUGGCGCAGGACGUGCCAGUCCUCAGCCACAGGUCCCCCCAGGAGUUAGCUCGUACUCAGCACAGGCAGCCCGGCGUGCUCUCUGGCGUGCACCUGAAGCCAUGCAGUCCAUGGUACAGCACCAAGGGUUCAGGAGUGAGCUUUGAAUAAGAAAUUUAGAAAGAGCUUGCUCCAUCUACCUGGAAUAGAAUUGGAAUAUUUAAAUUAUGUGUUCCCAUUUUUAUUGACAAGAUUAUUUUUCAUCAGCUCACACACUGUUGCCCUCCGACAGGGCUCUUGAAUAAGUAAAACAGCAGUCCAUCCGAUCUGCACUUUGCGUGAGCUGAGCCUCUGGGCCUAAUAAAGUGAUGGGAGUGACACAUGGCGCCCGGCUUACCAGGGCCCCUUGCUAGUGGGUGGUCCCAAGGAGGAGGCUGGGAUGUGCAGCUCUCUUGCGAGGAAGAGCGCGCGUCGCAGCCUCGAAAAGGGAAUCCUGUCGGGGAGCUGCUGCCGUCUGCACACAGCGCUGGCCCGGAUUCCCUCACGCACCGUGAGCGUCUGUUCUGGAUGGAGUAGCCAUGUCCGUUCCUCGUUUCUCUCAGGGUGACCUGUGUUCUGACUUCCUUUUGCAUAAACACUGCUCGAGAUGGUGUGGCUCUUGCUGGCAAGUGGCGCUGGUUUUUGUAUCCCUGGCAUUGGGUGGCAUAAUGUCAUGCUCAAUGUGACGACGCAUGGCUUCUCUGAGGACCUGGUCUUUUACUGAGGUCUCAGAUGUCUUCGAAGGGACAGCUGUACAAGCCACCCAAAGUGCUGAAUGCCUGGUGACAGUAUUCCCCAGUGUCUUGGUGGGGAACCGUCUGGUAGGAGGGCUCUUGUGUGCGAGGACUUAGGCAGAAGGUGGCCCAUGCCAAGAGCAGGCCACUGUACUUCAAGCACGCUUCCUGAAAAACUUGAUAAGUAUCUGUCCACUUUUCCCUGAUGAAACUGAUCCUUUACAAAAAAUUAGUUGAAAUGCCUUCCCCUUUUUGAGGGAAAAAGGGUGCUUUUACUGUAUAAAGCAGCGUCUCAUGUACUUUGAUAUCCCGUUGUUUGAACUCCAGUCUUAAUCCAGUAGUCUCAGAUACCCUUGAUUCUGGAUGCUGGGUGUGUGUGAAAGAGAUUUCUGGAAGGAUUCCUUCUUGCCCUAGGGGAAAGCGAAGUAUCUGUGGCUAGUGGCCGGGUGAAGCUCGCCCUGUGAGAACAUCUCUGUCCAGCUUUUGUUUCUGCUCCGUAUGGAAGAAGGUGGGGGAGCUUUGAGAGGAGCGGAUUGCCUUUGAUGAGUCUUCCUUAGUGUCUGCGCCUGUCGUGUCCCUGGCUGGUGCUCGGCCUCCCUGGCCUCCUCGGUCAGCUUUCCUAGAGGCGCCAUGCUGCCCCUUCCAGGCAGACUGCGCCAGCACUGCGUCAGAAACGAGCUGGUAGCUGUUUUCUUUCUAAAUUCUGCAUUCGGCAUCUCCAUUCUUCCCAGAACGUGUCUCUGUACAUCAGAAAUGUCACUAUUCAGAGUGUCUUUUUAGUGUGGCUUUAGUAUGGCUUCCUUUUAAUAUUGUACAUACAUUGUAUCUUUGUUUAUGGUAAUGAGUAAUAAAAAUGUAGACUUCAUAUUUUGUACAAAAUGUCCUAUGUACAGAAUAAAAACAAAAUUCAUAGAAACAGCAUAAAUAGGUAAGUAGCACAAUUAUUUUUCUUUAGAAAAUAUCUGUAACUUUAUGCUUUAGUGAAAUGUUUUAAGUACCUACAUAUUUUUUAACAUUUUGUAAUUCUGAACUUUUGUUUUGACAUUGUUUAUGAAGAGAAACUUCAUACACUCGCCAUUUAAUAUUCUCUUUUAUCUAAUUUAAAAAAACCUCAAAAAUUCGUGUAUGAGACGGAUUAAAUAAAGAACCUGUGACUUUUA